AAAAAUAUCUUUUAUUACAAUACCGAUCGAACGAAACACGUUGGCUCGGAAGGAAAUGAUUGACAAAUCGUCUGACAAGUUUGGAAUCAGUUAGUGCCAGGACAAAGAAUACGAUACUUUUGGAAAUGGUGCACCAGAAAAGGAAAUGGAGUAAUACAAACUGAUCUACCUAACUUGUCGGAAAACCUAAAAUGGCUAAGGGACGUCGUCAUAUGAUAUGAUGCGAGUUUUGAUUGCUAAAGUGGACAUCACAUCACUCCAUGACAAAAUAUCCAUAAUCAACUCAUUUUCGCUUGUUCUGCCUGCAAUAAUUUUUUUUGAUUGAUUACUGAAUGGGACUGUAGUGGAACGAUGACAGAGCACCAACAAUUUUGAUGUAAAUCCCAACCACCACUCCCCCAGGCCACCCAACGGGGGAAAAAUGUCAUCAAAUUUUUUUGCUUAUGUUUUGCUUGAGGUGACAUUGCAGGAGCUGUUCUUCGGGGUGGAUAGUCCGACGACUUCGCUAGAGUGGGCUGUGGCACAAAUGAUCAACAAACCGGAGAUUCAACAGAAGGCCGUAGAUGAGGUUGACAGGGUGGUGGGAAAAGGAAGACUGGUUCAAGAAUCCGAUAUUCCGCAAUUAAACUACAUCAAGGCAUGCGUAAAAGAGUCUUUGAGACUCCACCCCAUUACACCCUUUAACUUGCCUCACGUUUCCAUGUCGAACAUAGUCGUUGGUGGUUACUUCAUUCCCAAAGGCAGCCACAUCCUGUUGGGCCGCCGAGGACUUGGUCGGAAUCCUAAAGUGUGGCAGGAGCCCCUGGAGUUUAAGCCCGAACGUUACUUCAAUGACGAUAAAUCAAGUAAAAUAGAGCUGAUGGAGCCAGAGCUAAGGUUGGUUACCUUCAGUUCAGGUAAACGAGCUUGUCCAGGGAUUGCACUGGGAACUGCGUUAAGCGUGAUAGCAUUGGGAAGGAUUUUGCAAGGAUUUGCUUGGAGUGUGCCGGAAAAUGAAGGAAAGAUCGAUCUCUCUGAAGCACCCAAUGAAUUCGAAAUGGCCAAACCGCUGCAUGCACAUGCCAGCCCACGUUUGCCUGCCACAACAUAUCCAAUUAUCUCAUAAAUUCUGAAACUUGAGCGGAAAACUUUAAGUUAAGGAACUUGUUGGUGAUUAAAAUCUUAAUCUGGUCAGUGAAUUGGCUUGUGCUUGCUACUUUGUCUCAAUCCAGGGGUGGACAGUCGGGUUUCUGGAUUUGUUUUGUGUUUCAAUAAUUAAUAGCUCUAAACACACCCCUUUGAGUUUCUGUAAUUUCUGUUGUUAUUGUUAUUGAAUAAAGUUCAGUUGUUUUA